GGGACAGGUUGGGGGGGUGGUCUCUGAGGAGGAGCCAGGCUGGACUGUAUUGUUUUGCGCUCUGCUUCCCGGGUUUCUCCGCCCGCCUCCCACCCGGUGGACGCGUCUGGAGGCCGGGCCGACCCCACGCGCCCAGAGACGCCGCUUCCGAGGAGCUCACACUCGGGGUUCUCCACGGGGGACGCAGGGCCCCGCUCCCAUCGCGCCGUGAGCAGAAGUGGGGCGCCCGGGUACCCCACGAUGGUCGCCGACCUUCCAGGCCCCGCCAGGACCCCGGGUGGACGUCGGGGCUCCGCCCUCUAGCCGCGCACAGCGCCUCUUCGCCCGGUCCCGGUGAUGGGGGGCAGCGGCUCGGCGCUGAGGGUCUGCGCAGACCACCGCGGGGGUAUCAACUGGCUGAGCCUGAGCCCGGACGGCCGGCGCCUGCUGACCGGCAGCGAGGACGGCACGGCCCGCCUCUGGAGCACCGCGGACGGCCGGUGCUGCGCGCUGCUGCAAGGACAUGAGAGCUAUGUGACCUUUUGCCAGCUGGAGGAUGAAGCUGCCUUCACGUGCAGUGCUGACUGCACCAUCCGGAGGUGGGAUGUGCAAACUGGGCAGUGUCUGCAGGUGUACCGAGGACACACGUCCAUUGUAAACAGGAUCCUAGUUGCCAAUGACCAGCUCUUCAGCAGCUCUUAUGACCGGACAGCUCGUGUCUGGACUGUGGACCAGGAACAAGCAUCCCAGGAGUUCCGGGGCCACCGCAACUGUGUGCUGACCCUAGCCUACUCUGCCCCUGAGGACCUGCCCAGUGAUCCCUGCCUGGAGGCAGCUGUGGGUGGUGGCCUUCUAGUGACCAGCAGCACAGAUGGCACGGCCAAGGUGUGGCAGGUGGCCAGUGGCUGCUGCCACCAGACACUGCGGGGCCACACAGGUGCAGUGCUGUGCCUGGUGCUGGAUGCUUCCAGCCACACAGCCUUCACAGGUAGCACGGAUGCCACCGUCCGAGCCUGGGACAUCUUGAGUGGGGAGCAGCUUCGGGUUUUCCGGGAGCACCAGGGCUCUGUCAUCUGUCUGGAGCUGGUGGACCGGCUGUUGUAUUCGGGCAGUGCUGACAGGACAGUCAAGUGUUGGCUGGCAGACACUGGGGAGCGGGUGCGCACGUUCCCGGCACACAGGCACAGCGUGAGCACCCUCAAGUACCACGCAGGCACCUUGUUCACAGGCAGUGGGGAUGCCUGCGCCAGGGCCUUCGACGCCCAGUCGGGAGUGCUGCAGAGGGUGUUCCGAGGCCACACCUUUGUUAUCAACUGCCUCCAGGAGCAAAAUGACAGCACAAAUGUCCCCAGCACUGCCACUGCCAACCUCAAGGAAGACUCCCAAGCACAGUGCCCACCUUUCACAUGGGGAGAACUGGGGUCAGGACACUUGUCUUCAGAUACCCAGGAUGCUACUGAACAUAAGUCACAGGCUCUCUCAUGGUCGGCAUAAUUGGGAGUAAAAAUCUAUGACUAGUAAACUGUGUUCCUCUGGCUUAAAAAACACCAAAGAAACAGCCAGACUAAACUGGACAUGGUGUUGCACACCUGCAAUCUCAGCACUCAGGAGGCUGUGGCAGGAGGAUCCAGAGUUCAAAGCCAACCAACCUUGCUAUAUGAGACCAUCUCAAAGCGAACAAAAAAAAAGGGAAGCCAGCUUUGCUAAACUUCUGGUUUACCAAGCACAUUACACACAGCUGUCCAGAUAAAUCACCUCUGGCAGCAGCUUCCAUAUCUGAACAGGAGCAGACACAUCCCAGAAAUGGGCUCAGAAAACAAGCCACA